AUGCGUCUCGUCGACGUUACCCCUGCGAUCGCCGACAGACUCUUAACCACGGUUUACAAUCGCGUAAAGAUUGCUACACCUGCCCGAUAUAAAGUGGGCGAUUCGGUACGCGUGAGAAAAUUCAAGACAGUCUUUGAUAAACGUUACACACCGAAUUGGACCACGGAGAUGUUUAAAAUUAUCAAAGUGCAGCAAACUAAUCCAGUGACGUAUCUAUUGCGAGAUUUUCGCGAAGAGCCUAUCGCAGGAGAAAUCUACGAAUACGAAUUGCACAUCGUCGCUAAUCACGACGUGCAUCUCGUCGAAAAGAUGUUGCUCAAGAGGGGGAACGAGGUUUACGUAAAAUGGUUGGGAUUUGACAAUUCGCACAAUUCGUAG